AUGAGUGUCCGGGGUUAUAAACUUUACGUUAUCAGUAAGUACACCAGGUACACCACCUGUCAACCUGCGUGGGUCACAACAGUAGUCGCUGGUGUCGUGGUGGUGGCUACUCCAGUCAGUGAGAGGGAUGAUGUGUCCAUAAGUGAUGGUCAAGAGUCCAGUGAGUUAUCGCUGGCCAUCGAAACCUAUUUGACGCGUGAGUCUAAUAGUAACCUCCGGCGCGACUCUAUUAGUAGCAUAUCUUCGAGCACUUCCAGCCUCUCGUCGUUAGGCGAAGAAGAUUUCGUUGAACACGAUUUGCAAACGACGUGUAAAUUAUCACCGUGGUACGAAAUGAUGUGUGAUUUGAAAGAAGCCAAUAAAUUGCCAAUUAAUGGAUAUCAAGAAUAUUCUCUAAGUUUAGCCAUAAAUGCUCCCAAAUUAGAGUACGGCGAGGCAUCCAGUGAUGACUUGAGUAGUGAUUGGGAUUCCGAUGAUAUACCAGUCGAUAAGCCAAAGAUCUCCGCGUGGAGGAAAGUCCGCUCUCUCGUCACCUCACCUUUCAUACAGACAUAUAAAAAGCAAAAGUACCCAUGGGUUCAAUUGGCCGGUCAUCAAGGAAAUUUUCUUUGCGGUCAAACACAGGGAACUAUUCUUAAGAAACUGAACGGAACCGAAGAGACAUGUUUUAAGCUAAUCAUGAAUGAUGUCAUCAAACCUUUGGUUCCCGAAUAUAGGAAGACUCUUAAGAUCAAUAAUGACUACUUUCUCGAACUCGAGGAUCUUUUGGCGAAGUUUGAGAAUCCGGCGAUUAUGGACGUGAAGAUGGGGGUCAGGACCUACUUGGAGGACGAGUUGACUAAAGCUAGAGUUAGGCCUAAACUCAGGAAAGAUAUGUACGAAAAGAUGAUAGCAAUCGAUCCGUUAGAGCCCAAUGAAGAAGAGAACAGUUUAAAGGCAGUGACAAAACCCCGGUAUAUGAUAUGGAGGGAAACCAUCAGUUCCACAGCUAGUCUUGGUUUUAGAAUUGAAGGCAUCAAACAGUCUAAUGGAAAGGCAUUGAAAGACUUCAAGCGAACUAAAACUGAAGAUCACGUGAAGACAGCAUUUAAUCGAUUUAUGGAAAGUCAUCCGCACUAUUGGAUAAUCGGCAGUUCCCUUCUGUUCGUUCACGACGACAAGAGGGCCGACAUUUGGUUAAUAGAUUUCGCCAAAACAUAUCCCCUUCCCAACGGAAUACGAGUCAGUCAUCGCAGUGAAUGGCAGGUCGGCAACCAUGAGGACGGGUAUCUCAUUGGACUUGAAAACCUCAUCCGAAUAUUUAGUAAUAUUUAAUUUAUUAAUCAUUCAAUUGUUUACUUUUUUGUACAAAAAUUCUUAUGUCAUGAAAAAAUAAUGCAAUUAGUUAUCAAUUCGUAAUCUCUGUUUGGGAAACAAAAAAAAGCAAUUUUUAUGAAAUAUUUUACAAAUUUUGAGCUAAAAUUGUAUGCAAAAUGAAAAUGAUAUCUAUUUUUAUAUAAAUAUUAAUCAGAAGACAAA